UCUUUAUUGUUCUGCGAAUCUACGCGAUUUGACGAGAAGAGAAUGUUAAUAAUCAAAUGUUCAGUGGUCUGUUAUUAUCUUUCAAUGUAGCGUCAAAAUUGUAUCAAAACACUGUGCUAUGAUUGCAAUAUCAUGUGAUUAAUUGAACUACUUUAUAUUAAAAAAAUGACACAUGUUAAUAUUGCUGCAUUAAAUAAAUAAUCUCCCGCGUAAUGCUUUUUGCUUGUUAAAAUGUAGCGUGUACGCCUCUUCGUUAUUUAAGUAUAUUUACGCAACUGCAGAUAUGCAUUUAAUACCUUUAAUACGCAAGAAAAGAGUGACAUAACCAAAGAAAGUCAGAGAGUCACAUGGAAGCAAAAACCAACAAUAAGAGAUCAUUUCCUUUCGAUGAGGCCUUUACCACGAACGAUCAGGUGAAAAAAUUUAAAGUACACACCAAUCAAAUGCCCAGCAGUAACGCCAACAUGUCUGGACAUAGUUUUGUAAAGCACUCCAAAGUACAAUCCUCAGAGACAUUGGAACGUCUUUCACUUGCUGAAAAGAUGAGGCCAACGAGUAUUGCGGCUUACGUGGGACAGAAACAAAUCAUUGGCCCAGGCACUGUUUUGAGCUAUUUAUUGGAAAAGGGAGAGAUUCUUAGCAUGAUAUUCUGGGGUCCACCUGGAUGUGGAAAGACAUCCCUGACGAAUAUAAUAGCAUGUUUAAGCAGGGAAUUAACGAGCAACAACGUACACAUUGUGAAUCUGUCUGCAGCCAGUUCCGGUGUAAAAAGUAUAAGGGACGCCGUUGCCGCAGCAAAGGAUAAAUCAAAUUUCGGAUGCAAGACCAUUGUCUUCAUGGAUGAAAUUCAUCGUUUCAAUAAGCUUCAGCAAGAUAUAUUCCUGCCACACAUAGAGGCGGGAACGUUUACUUUAAUUGGAUGUACCACCGAAAAUCCAUCUUACAGUUUAAAUCCAGCUUUACUAAGCCGCUGUCGUGUGUUUGUGUUGAAUAAGUUAACGGAACGUAAUGUAAAGGAGAUCCUUUAUAAGGCACUAGAAUGUAUAAACGGAUGCACGCUUGAUGCACAGGAAAAAGGACAGACAAACGGAGCAAGUAGAGAGCAAAUUAAAUUUCGUUCCAACGCAAAACUGAAAUUUCAUGUUGAUGACAAUACAGUACAGUGGCUAGCAGAAGCAUGCGAUGGCGAUGCACGUGUAGCUCUGAAUGCUUUAGAAUUAGCAACGCUUGCGAGGCAAGCGGAUGGAUUAAAAGCAUCGGGCAGUAAUAAUAUAACAAUAGCUCUGAAAGAUAUCAAAGAAGGUUUAAUAAAAGCGCAUACGCUCUCUGAGAGAGAAACCAAUCAGAGCAAUCACAUGUAUUCCGCGCUUCAUAAGUCGAUAAGAGCUGGUAAGGCAAAUGCCUCCCUGUAUUGGUUGGCCAGAAUUAUGGCAGUUAAGGAAGAUCCGGUAAACAUUGCGAGGCGGCUAGUUAGAAUAUCUAGCGAAGACAUUGGUCUAGCAGAUCCAGAGGCCUUGGGUGUAGCUGUUCACACGAUGCAUGGAUGCCAAAUGAUUGGUAUGCCAGAGUGUGACGUGCUUUUGGGACAAUGCACGGUUUACUUAACGAGAGCACCGAAGUCUCGAGCGAUAUAUAAUGCAUUAGAUGCGGCUAAGAAAAAGAUUUUGGAAUGCGAAGGUUCUCAACCUGCUGUGCCAUUACACAUGAGAUACAACUCAGACACAAAGUUAUAAAGUGCAUAAAAUGUUGAUAAAAUUUCUUUUGUCUGCGUAAUUCUUAUUAGUUUAUAGUCUUUUAAAUACAUUGUUACCAUUUUUUUAUCAGUAUUACUAUUAAACUAAAAAAAUAUGGA